GCCGAGAUUUGCACCAGCUCACUCUGACAGGGGCCCAGAAUGCCCAGCUCCGGAGCAGGGCGGGCCUGAGGGCCAGGAACCUCUGAAAGGGCGGGUUUCCCAGCCGCUACGCGGGCCCUCGCGGCGGGAGAGGCUGGACUGAGACGGACUAACAGGAAGCCGAGUGCAGCUGGGCUGGCGGCUGCCGGUUGGGGUCCGCGGCCGCGUCUCCAGGGCUGCAGGCUGGCAGAGGGCAGGCGGGGCGGGGAGGGACCCCGAGGCCGUUGCCUGCGGUCCCACCACAGAGCUAGGGGUGUCCUGACUGGGCGGGACCGGGAGUCCCGGCCCGCUCCGGGAACUCACCGGCGGAAACCCGGCGCCGGACGCGCACCGGGGACCGCGCACAGCCUGGAAGGCAGCCUUCCCAGGCCCUGCCUGAGCAGGCCUGCUUGGCAGGCUGGGACAUGUCUGGCCCCCGAGGACGGCCAGUGGGCGAUGGCUGCGGUGGCGGAGGGGCUGGAGCCCGAGGCAGCUGCUACAGAAGAUGCUGCACAAGAUGCUGUAGAUGCUGUGGAUGCUGUGGACGCAGAACCCGGGGACCCCCCUCUCCUGGUUGGGAGCCGGCUGAGCCUGGACCUGUACCCUGGGGGCUGCCAGCGGCUGCGACACCUGUGUGCCCGGCAGUCCCCGCAGCUGCUGGAGGUGCAGUUCAUGCAACUGAGCAGCCACGAGGACCCUCGGCUGCUAGAGACCACCCUGGCCCAGGUGCCGUGCAGCUUGCGGCAUCUUCGCUCCCUGGUCCUCAGAGGUGGGCAACAGCGGGAUGUGCUGGGUGCCUGCCUCCGGGGCUCCCUGACCACACUGCCUGCUGGCCUGAGUGGCCUGACCCACUUGGCCCACCUAGACCUGAGCUUCAACAGCCUGGAGACGCUGCCGGGCUGCAUCCCCCAGAUGCAUGGUCUGAGCACCCUCCUGCUCUCCCACAACCACCUCUCAGAGCUCCCUGAGGCUCUGGGCGCCCUUCCCGCCCUCACCUUCCUCUAUGCGACCCACAACUGCCUGCGAACGCUGCCCAAAGCGCUGGGAGCCCUGUCCACCCUGCAGUGCCUCGAUCUCUCACAGAACCUUCUGGACACUCUGCCCCCUGAGAUUGGAGGCCUGAGCAGCCUCACCGAGCUCAACCUGGCCUCCAACCGGCUGCAGAGCCUCCCAGCCUCCCUUGCGGGGCUCCGGUCCUUGCGGCUGCUUGUUUUGCACAGCAACCUCCUGACCUCGGUGCCCACCAGCCUGGCCCACCUCCCGCUGCUCACCCGACUAGAUCUGAGGGACAACCAGCUCCGGGACGUGCCCCCUGAGCUACUGGACGCCCCCUUUGUGCGCCUUCGGGGGAACCCCCUGGGCGAGGCCCCGCCUGCCCUCCCCAGUCCCCCAGGGACACCGACGAUCCCAGAAAUGCCCAGACUGUUCCUGAACUCAGAUUUGGACAGCUUCCUCGUGACCCCCCAAGGCUGCUCGGUGACCUUGGCCUGUGGCGUCCGCCUGCAGUUCCCUGCUGGGGCCACUGCCACCCCUGUCAGCAUCCGCUAUCGACUACGGCUGCCGGAGCCGCGACUCGUCCCCUUGGGUCCCCACGACUCUCUGCUCAGCCACGUCCUGGAGCUGCAGCCCCACGGGGUGGCCUUCCAGCAGGAGGUGGGCCUGUGGCUGCUCUUUGUGCCCCCGCGGGCCCGGCGUUGCCGUGAGGUGGUGGUCAGGACCCUGAAUGAUGACAGCUGGAGUGACCUGGAGACUCAUCUGGAAGAAGAGACACCCAAGCGGCUCUGGGCCCACUGCCAGGUGCCCCACUUCUCAUGGUUCCUCGUGGUCUCGCGUCCUGCGUCCAAUGCCUGCCUGGUGCCACCAGAGGGGACGUUGCUGUACUCCUCGGGACAUCCUGGGGUCAAGGUCACAUUCCCCCCUGGGGCCACUGACGAGCCUCGGCAGGUCUAUAUGCAGGUGGUGCGCGUGGCCAGCGGGGAGCUUCGGGCCCUGCUGGAGGAGCCCGGGGCGGCGGCCAGCCCCCUGCUCUGCCUCUCCCAGAGCGGCCCCCCCAGCUUCCUCCAGCCGGUCACAGUGCAGCUGCCUCUGCCCCCCGGCGUCACAGGCCUCAGUCUGGAUCGCUCGUGCCUUCACCUGCUGUACCGGACCCCUCCCGAAGCCACGUGGGAUGACAUCACCACUCAGGUGGCCCUGGAGCUCACCCACCUGUAUGCUCGCUUCCGGGUCACGCACUUCUCCUGGUACUGGCUCUGGUACACCGCCAAGACCCGCGUGGAGGGCCUGGCUCGCAAGGCCUGGGAGCGGCUGCGGCUGCACCGCGUGAGCCUCAUCGCGCUGCAGCGACGCCGCGACCCCGAGCAGGUGCUGCUGCAGUGUCUGCCCCUCAGCAAGGUGGAUGCCACCCUGCGGCGGCUGCUGGAGCGGUACCGAGGCCCCGAGCCCUCUGACACGGUGGAGAUGUUCGAGGGCGAAAAAUUCUUCGCUGCCUUCGAGAAGGGUAUUGACGUGGAUGCUGACCGCCCAGACUGCGUGCGGGGCAGGGUCUGUUUUGUCUUUUACUCGCACCUGAAGAACGUGAAGGAGGUGUAUGUGACCACAACCCUGGACCGACAGGCUCGGGCUGUGAGGGGCCAGGUGUCCUUCUACCGGGGAGCAGUGCCCGAGGACGUGGCCGAGGAGGCCGAGGCGGCCCGGCACCGGAAGGGCACAGACAGCCCGUGGAUGGCCACUCUGCCCAUCAAGCUGCCGAGACUGCGGGGGUCCAAGGCGCCAGGGCAGGGGCAGGGGACUAGCCUCUCCCUGGCACCUUUGAACCUGGGUGAUGCUGAGACCGGCUUCCUGACCCAGAGCAACCUGCUGAAUGUGGCCGGACGCUUGGGCCCUGACUGGCCAGCUGUGGCCCUGCACCUCGGCAUGCCCUACCGUGAGCUGCAGCGCAUCAGGCAUGAGUUCCGGGACGACCUGGACGGCCAGAUCCGUCACAUGCUCUUCUCCUGGGCUGAGCGCCAGGCCGGGCAGCCGGGGGCCGUGGGGCGCCUCGUCCAGGCCUUGGAGCAGAGUGACCGGCUGGACGUAGCCGAAGAGGUGAGGGCGGUGUUGGAGCUCGGCCGCCAGAAGUAUGAGGACAGCAUCCAGCGCGCAGGCCUGGCCCCACCGGACCCUUCAGCAUCACCGUCCCCAGAGUCUGCCCGGGCCUAGACCCCAUGACUUUGGGCUGGCCCCUGAUGCACCCUGGCCAGUGGGUGCCUUCCCUGUGCGUGGGCACAGUGACUCCCUGUUCCCCUCGCCCCUACCGCGUGUAACACAUAUGUACUGUU